AUGGGUUCUCUCUGUUUAAUUGCUCUGUUUCUUUCUUGCCUUCUGUUGUUUCUUGCCAAAGAAUCUUUCUCACAUCCAUUAUGUAAUGAUUUGACUGCGCCGUUUAAUCUGAAGAAACCGCUUGCUUUUUGUCAAUUCAAUGGAAGUGUAUGCUGUAACUCCGUGGAGGACUUGGAGUUGCAGAAACAGUUUCAAGAACUUAAUGUAUCUAAGAGUUGUUCUCCGCUUCUCAAAUCAUUGCUUUGCUCGAGGUGUGAUCCUUUUGCAGCAGAGCUUUUCAGAGCUGACUCAGAAUCUAGACAAGUUCCUGUGCUCUGUAAUUCAACAGUUUCUUCUAACAAGUCAACACAAACUCUGGCAGAAAUCGAUUUCUGCGCCAGUUUUUGGAGUGAAUGUCAGAAUCUAUCUGUAGCCAACACUCCGUUUGCAUCUCAAGCUGGAGAUGGAGGCAACUCUUCCACAAUAUCUGAAACUUGGAAAUCAAGCAAUGACUUCUGCAAGACUUUUGGUGGAGCUUCAGAUGAAUCCUCUGUAUGCUUCAACGGCCAAGCGGUUUCAUUUAACAUGUCGAAAGUUAACGGUCCGUCUUCUUCAGGGAUCUGUCUGGAGAAGCUUACAAAUGGGUCAUAUCUUAACAUGGUGCCUCAUCCGGACGGUUCUAACCGCGUCUUUCUAUCUGAUCAAGCCGGGAAGAUGUUCUUGGCAACAAUUCCAGCUGAAGGGUCUAGAGAGCUCUUGACAAUAGACGAGACUAACCUGUUUCUUGAUCUUACUAAAGAAGUGCAUUAUGAUGCUGAGCUUGGUCUUCUAGGAAUAGCUUUCCAUCCUGAGUUCUUGAAAAACGGUAGAUUCUUCGUUUCUUUCAACUGCGAUAGAGUUAAGUGGCCUGAAUGUUCUGGCAGAUGCGCGUGCAACUCAGAUGUUGAUUGUGACCCUGAAAAGCUAGAUUCUGACAAUGGAGCCAACCCUUGUCAAUACCACAGUGUCAUUUCAGAAUUCUUUACCAAUGGGACUUAUGUUAAACCGGUGGAGGUCAGGAGAAUCUUUACAAUGGGUCUUCCUUUUACAUCCCAUCACGGUGGACAAAUCUUGUUCGGACCCAAAGAUGGUUACUUGUAUUUCAUGAUGGGAGAUGGAGGAAGUAAAGGAGAUCCACACAACUUUUCACAGAACAAGAAAUCCUUGCUAGGGAAGAUCAUGAGACUUGAUGUGGAUAAUGUUCCUGAUGCAAAAGCAAUGAGUGGGUUUCAACUAUGGGGAAACUACUCUAUACCAAAAGACAAUCCAUACUCUCAAGACAAUAAUCUGCUGCCUGAAAUAUGGGCCAUGGGAGUUAGAAAUCCGUGGAGAUGCAGUUUUGAUUCAGAGAGGCCAUCUUAUUUCCUAUGUGCAGAUGUUGGCGAGGACAAAUAUGAAGAAGUAGAUAUGAUCACAAAGGGAGGAAACUAUGGUUGGCAUUACUAUGAAGGACCUUUACCUUUUAAUCCGCCAAGUUCUUCUAAAAUAAGUAACUCAACAAAGAUCAAAAAUCCGAUUUUUCCGGUAAUGUGGUAUAAUCAUUCUGACAUAAACCAGAAAGAAGGAUCAGCAUCAAUAACUGGUGGAUACUUUUAUCGUUCCUCCACUGAUCCAUGCUUGUAUGGAACGUACCUCUAUGCAGACUUAUACGCUGGAAUAAUUUGGGGUGGAGCUGAAACUCCAGUAGGUAGCGGAAACUUCACGAGCUCUCUAAUUCCGUUACAAUGCGCCUCGGAUUCGCCAAUCUCUUGCUCAUCUGGAACGGAGCCUUCUUCUUCUUCAUCAUCUCCAGUACUUGGCUUUGUGUUCUCUUUUGGAGAAGACAACAAGAAAGACAUAUAUUUGCUUGCAAGCACUGGUCUUUACAGAAUCGUUCGUCCGAGCCGUUGUAACGUCCAUUGCCCUCUUGAGACCAUAACGUCAGUAGCUCCUUCGCAACAGCCUGAUAGUUCUCCGCCGUCUCCAUCAUCGUCUAAACAACUAUACAAUAUUAGUGUUCUUGUUAUUAACAUUUUAGUUUGGUGUUCUCUUUUGGUUGUUAGGUAA